UAAGAAUUAGGGCUCAUUCCCUUUCUUCUUUCAAACACGAAAGAGAGCAUAUUAGGGUUCAUUCAUUAUUCCCUUUCUUCCUCUUCUUCUUGGAAAGCCAUCAAUUUUUGAUCGACGAUGAAGAAUUCCGGCGAGACACGGCUUGUUGUGAAACGCAACCAUGGAAAAGGUGGUACGUGUUAUUUAAGUGGUCUUUCUCCCCAAGAUUUAUCUGAAAUCCCUGAAUAUAGGUUAGACCUUCCUUUUAUGUAUCAAAUGGAUCCGACUGGUAUUCGCAGUUGCAGCGGGGGUUUGUUGUCAAUGGCCGAUUCUAGUGGUCGUAUUUAUCUUUGCAACCCCACAACCAAACAGUUUCAGAUCCUUGAGCCCAAGGAAACUCCUUAUGGGACUCCAAGUCUGAGUGUGACCGCAAUUAUUGGUAGUUGUGUUGGCUAUGAUUCUAAAUCUGAUGAUUACAGAAUCCUAAGAGUUUGUGAACGUCGCCACACUUUAGGAAUCGGAAAUCCUCGGGAGAAGCACCGGACUUAUGAUUUGUAUUCGUUACGAGAUGAUUCUUGGAAGCCGAUUGAGCCUCCUAAAUUUCAUUGUCGCCUCUCCGGUACGGAUCAUACAAUUAUAUAUGCUAGAGAUAAGUUUUAUUGGUCUACUCUGGACUUCCAAGUUAUGUGUUACGACUGUAGUGAGGAAAGGUUCUAUUUGUUGCCUUCACCACCAAAUACUCGUGGCCUGCAUCUUGAGCCUGUCAAGUUUUAUGAAGCAGAUUCGUUAGGUGUUGUUUUAUGUCGGCCUCGAAAAACUAAUCGUGAAACGAUUAAACCUGAUUUUUAUUUUGAGCUUUGGAUAUGGAGAGACGGGGCGAGGUGCUGGGAUAGAGUGUUUUAUGUCUCUCUUGGUGGUUGGAUUCAUGGAAUAGAUAUUACGAUAUACGGUGAAUUCGUGUUUGUUCAUGGAUCAGCUGGCCCGGUGAAGGAUUGCAAACGGCGACUAGUAGCUUAUGAUUGGGGUAAGAAAGAGUGCAAGGAACUUGGUAUUCAUAAUUAUUUCAUGGGAAUCUAUGUUUUUUGUUAUGUUGAGAGCACCGUUGCGCUGCCCCAUGGAAAGACAAUCUCAAUCUAUGGAUCCCAUAUUAUUGAUUAUGGUAAUUAUUUUAACAAGUACGAGUCUGAUGAUGAUUCUUAUGACGAUGAUGAUGAUGGCUUGAAGGCGGCAGAUCUCAAGGAUCUUGAAGAUAAUGGAUUCCGUAUCAUUAGUGAAAUGGAGUUGGAGGAGGAGGUAUUAUUGUUCCAAUUUGUUUAUGUGAAGAUCCUAGUAAAUUUGGGUUAAAGGUAUUAAAAAUAUGUGCUUCUUUUCUCGCAGGUUGGGAGAAUUACAAAUGGGAGCAUGCCAUCUGCAUAUCGCUUCCAGGACGGGGGGGUAUUAUUGUUUAAAUUUGUUUAUGUGAAGAUCCUAGGAAAUUUGGGUUAAAGAUAUUAAAAAUAUGUGCUUCUUUUCUCGCAGCUUCCGACAAUUAUCCUUCCCUUGAAUCCUCUUACAUUGGAAAUUUUUCAGACAAGGUUUGCUGCUGACAAAGUGGGUCUG